AUGGGCCCGCCGGCCAUCAUAAGCAGCCCGGCGCUCGUCUCCGCGCUUCUGGCGUUCACGGUGGCGCAGGUGGCCAAGGUGUUCACGCACUGGCACACGACGGGUAAGCUGGAUUACGGCCGGCUGGUGGGUAGCGGCGGGAUGCCCUCGUCUCACACCGCGCUCGUCGUCGGCCUGACCACCAGCGUCGGGCUGAAGGAGAGCCUCGACUCGUCCAUCUUCGCGAUGUGCCUGGUGUUUUCGCUCGUGGUGAUGUACGACGCUACGGGGGUGCGGCUGCACGCGGGGCGGCAGGCGGAGGUGCUGAACCAGAUGAUCAUGGAGCUACCGGCGACGCAUCCGGCGAGCGAGUCCCGCCCUUUGCGGAACUCGCUGGGGCACACGCCGCCGGAGGUUGGCGUCGGAGCGAUUGUCGGCCUGGUGGUUGGGUACCUCCACUACUCCAUCUGGAUCACGCAGUGGGGACCGUGAACGCGGCGGCGGUCGCGCGCUCGACGCGGCUCGACGCGCGCCGAGCGGUGACACGUCGUUCGCCAUCGUAUUAUUUCAUUAGCCGUUUAAUCCGCACGCAGCACACUAGCGCG